AUGCCAGCUCAACCGCUUAUUUUGUCGUCGAGACGAACGAUUUUGAUUGCCAUUUUGGCCCGUUACGAAGAGUUUCUUCAAAACUACCAGCCCGAUAGGGAUUCUAUCGAGGUGGAAACUCGUAUGGCCAAAUUUGACCAAAUAUGCAAGGAUUUGGAGAGCCUUCAACAGCAGCUGGAGGACAGUGCAACCACUGCUGAAGAGAUGACACACAAUGCCGCCCUUAGGGAGGAUUUUGAACGGCGCUUGAUUCGCGUUCAAUCGGCAUUGAAAGCGAAAUAUAGAGAAAUUCCGCGCAGCGAAGUGUCGCAGCAAGGAGCUGACAAGGUGAUCGCUGAUCUGCCGGCGCAUGAUGUUUCCACUCGUGGCUGGAACAUUCCUUCGGAAUUUGUUUUGGCUGACCCGCAGUUCGAUAAAUCAGCCCCGAUUGAUAUCAUCCUUGGUGCUCGUCAUUACGCUUCCUUCUUUACGAACGUAAAAUCGCACGAGCUUGCUCCGAACCUUCCAACUAUGCUGAACAGCGUCUUUGGGUGGGUCAUGAUUGGUCCCACCUUUCCUCAGAAUCCUGCAUCUACGACCGAUUGCACCGCCGCGUCCACAAUCGUCUGCAUGGCAUCCCUGGAGGAGUCUCUCGAACGCUUUUGGAAGCUGGAAGAGUUAAGCGUCAAUGAUUCGUACUCACCUGAUGAGCGGCGAUGCGAAACAUUGUAUAAAGAAACCACUCAGCGCGACGAAUCGGGUCGCUAUAUUGUACGAUUGCCCAAACAGACCGACUUCACGGAAAAGCUUGGCCUGUCUAAAACUACUGCUUUGAGACGCUUCGAGCUGCUGGAGAGGAGGCUAGAACGCAACCCACAGCUCAAGGAAGACUAUCAUGCCUUCAUGAAGGAGUAUUUGGAGCUGGGGCACAUGUCGCUCAUGAACAAAGAUAGUGGGGAUGAACAGGCGUACUACCUACCGCACCAUCCCGUAUUUAAAGCCUCCAGUACCACCACGAAAACCGACUUCACGGAAAAGCUUGGCCUGUCUAAAACUACUGCUUUGAGACGCUUCGAGCUGCUGGAGAGGAGGCUAGAACGCAACCCACAGCUCAAGGAAGACUAUCAUGCCUUCAUGAAGGAGUAUUUGGAGCUGGGGCACAUGUCGCUCAUGAACAAAGAUAGUGGGGAUGAACAGGCGUACUACCUACCGCACCAUCCCGUAUUUAAAGCCUCCAGUACCACCACGAAAGUAAGGGUCGUGUUCGACGGAUCUGCAAAAACAAGCACCGGUUAUUCCUUGAAUGACAUUCUAUGUGUUGGUCCAAUCGUGCAGGACGAGCUGCUUGAUAUUGUGUUGCGAUUCCGCACCUACCAAAUAGCACUUGUGGGAGAUAUAGCUAAAAUGUACCGACAAAUAUUGCUGCAUUCUGAUGAUCGUCGAUUGGUGCGCAUAUUCUUUCGAUUUUCGCUGCAAGCUCCGAUCCAAGUAUAUGAGCUCAACACCGUUACAUACGGACUAGCACCUUCCUCGUUUCUGGCUACACGCACACUUAUCCAACUAGCAGAUGAUGAAGAGACUGAGUAUGCGCUUGCACCUGCGGCCCUGAAACGAAACUUUUACGUGGACGACUUCAUUGGUGGUGCAAUUAACGUUCGCGAAGCUGUUCAGCUGCGUAAGGAGUUAUCAGCGCUACUUGCCAAAGGUGGGUUUGAGUUGCGCAAGUGGACAUCAAACAAUCUGAGCGUGCUCUCCGGCUUAAGCACCGAGUAUAUCGGCACACACUCAUCGCUGCAUUUUAUACCCAACGAGACGGUCAAAGCACUCGGCAUCUCGUGGAAGCCGGAAUCGAAUGAGCUGUGUUUUGAAUCCAACACUGAGGCUGAUGAAGCCACGUCGACCAAGCGAUCUAUUUUGUCGAGCAUUGCCAAAAUGUACGAUCCGCUCGGAUUGAUAGCACCGGUGAUCGUGCGUGCUAAGAUGCUGAUGCAGGAGCUAUGGCUACUCAAAUCCGGCUGGGAUGAACCUGUUCCUAAUCACAUCUGUAAAAAAUGGAAGGCGAUUCAGAGCGACUGGAAAACGUUAUCCGAGUAUAGGACUAACCGUUACGCUCUGUUACCAGAUGCAACAGUAGAAUUUCACACAUUUACCGAUGCUUCUGAGGCCGCCUACGGAGCAUGUGUCUACGCUCGUUGUGAAAACGCGGCGGGAGAAGUCCGCAUCAGCCUAUUAGCUUCGAAGUCUCGAGUGGCACCACUGAAGCGCGUCACGUUGCCGAGGCUUGAACUAAGCGCAGCUGUCCUGGGCGCCCAUCUGCAUCAUCGCGUCAAGGAGGCAAUGCAGAUCGUGUGCGCCGAAUCGUUUUUCUGGUCCGACUCAACUGUUACGCUAAAAUGGAUUGCGUCACCUCCCAACUCCUGGAAGACGUUCGUGGCAAAUCGCGUAGCUGAGGUGCAACACUACUCUCAUCCAAGGCAAUGGAGGCACGUUCCUGGCACAUCCAAUCCUGCUGACUUGGUUUCCCGAGGCAUGUCGGCAGCACACUUCACGCAGAAUCAGCUUUGGAAUAACGGUCCAGAUUGGCUUGUGCAACCUUCGUCCCAUUGGCCCAGCUCAGAUCCAGAACCAAGCGAUGAGGCGGACCUAGAAACACGCCAGGUGAGUGCCGCUUUAGUUUGUACACAAACUCAUCCAUGGUUUGGCAUUUCUUCAUCCUUCACUAGAAUGGUACGCAUCAUUGCAUACUGCAUACGGUUUGUGCGCAACACCAAGCAGAAGGCGCGAUCACAGCGACCGAUACCGCACACCAAUGCAUCCAAAACGAUCACGCCCAAGUACGUGGAUGCUGCAAAAACUGUGCUUUGCAGACUAGCCCAGCAAGAUGCAUUUUCCGCGGAAAUCAAGCAGCUAAAAAAGGGAGAAGCAUUGAUGAAACAAUCACCUUUACGAAAACUUACCUCAUUCCUGGAUACAGAAGAGGUAAUACGGGUGGGAGGACGAUUGAACUUGUCGCAACUACCGUAUCAGUCCAAGCAUCCAGCUGUUCUACCGAAGAACCACAAAUUCACUCGUCUACUUGCGGAAGAUUAUCAUGAAGAGAUGAAACAUGCUAGUGGAAGGCUAUUGCUAUCCCGCAUUAGAGAGCUGUAUUGGCCAUUGGACGGACGUCGCUUGGUAAAAAGCAUCGCAAGGAACUGCUUCCGCUGUAUUCGGCAAGAUCCCAUACUCGCCCGGCAGCCGGUUGGCCAGCUUCCACCAUCCCGCAUCACACCGAGCCGACCUUUUUCUGUAACCGGAGUGGACUACGCCGGUCCAUUCUACUUGAAGCCAGCGCACCGGAAGGCAGCAGCUACUAUGAGCUAUCUGUGCGUUUUCGUGUGUUUCGCUACGAAAACUGUGCACUUGGAACUCGUAGGAGACCUUAGCAUCUCGGGAUUCUUAGCAGCGCUACGCCGAUUCACAUCACGACGCGGAGUGCCAGCCCACAUCCAUUCUGAUAAUGGGAAAAACUUCGAAGGCGCAGAACGUGAACUGAAGGAGCUUUUUGAGCUGUUCAACGACGAACAACACCGCAACACCGUGGCUACCAGAUGCGCUGACCGGGGAAUCACUUGCCAUUUUAACCCACCAAAGGCUCCACACUUCGGCGGAUUAUGGGAAGCAGCAGUAAAAACGGCGAAGCGACACCUCUAUCGUCACCUGGGCAAUACGCGGCUGUCGUACGAAGGCUACUGCACUGUGCUCCACCAAAUCGAAGCAGCGAUGAAUUCCCGUCCGCUGUUGCCUUUGUCCGACGAUCCCAACGAGCUAGCUGCACUCACACCGGCACACUUCCUUAUUGGCACAUCGAUGUUCGCCGUGCCUGAACCGGACUACACCCAGCUGAAAUCCUGCACGCUGGAUGAUCUUCAGAAGUGGCAGCUUUUGGUUCAGCGUUUUUGGAAGCAUUGGGCCACUGAGUAUCUACAAGAAAUGCAAAAAAGUUAUGCAAGUGGUGGCAGCAACAACAGCAACAUACUUCCCGGCAGGUUAGUGAUCCUCAUGGACGAAUCGUUACCCACCACUCGUUGGCCUCUCGCGCGUAUCGUUGAAAUCCAUCCCGGUGAAGACAAGAUAGUACGCGUCGUUACGCUUAAGACAGUUAAGGGAAUAAUUACGCGACCGAUCACGAAAAUAUGCGUUUUACCGCUCAGAACUGAUAGCGAAAACCACGUGUAG